AUGGUCAAGGAGGAAUUCCCCGAUGAAGAAAUAUUGACCUUGAAGGAUGAGCCAAAAAAGCAAAGUCAAAAUGAAUCCUGGUCGAUGUUCUUCGACGGGGCCUCCAAUAUAAUGGGGCACGGAAUAGGAGCCAUACUGAUAUCGUCCCAAGGAAAACAUAUCCCGGUGACGGCAAGGUUGUACUUUGAAUGCACCAACAACAUGGCUGAAUACGAAGCUUGUAUACUGGGUCUACAGGUUGCGCUUGAUAACGAAGUCACCAAACUAGAAGUCUACGGCGAUUCAGCCUUGGUGAUAUACCAGCUACGAGAUGAAUGGGAAACGAAGGAUUACAAAUUAAUCCCCUAUCGAGCAUACGUUCAGGAUUUGAUGUCUCAAUUUGAAUCCAUCAACUUUGAGCAUACCCCGAGAGAGGGGAAUCAGUUAGCAGAUGCGCUGGCCACACUAUCAUCCAUGUUUGCUAUAAAAGACGGAUGUGAAAUACCAGUCAUCAGAAUCAGACGACAUGAGACACAAGCUCAUUGUUGCACACUAGAGGAGAAGGAAGAUGGCCAUCCUUUGUAUUUUGACAUCCAUCAAUACAUCAAAGAAUGGAAAUACCCAGUCGGGGCAUUUGACAAUGAUAAGAAAACAAUCAGACGAAGGGCUAUUGGAUUCGUACUACAUGAGAACAUCCUGUACAAGAAGAGUUUUGAUUCCAUCCUAUUAAGAUGUGUUGGUCAGAAGGAGUCUCGAUUGUUAAUGAAAGAAUUCCACGAAGGAACCUUCGGUACCCAUAUAGCUGGACAGGUCAUGGCCAGAAAAAUCAUGAGGGCAGGAUACUUUUGGUCCACUAUGGAGAAGGAUUGCAUCUCGUAUGCUAGGAAGUGCCACAAAUGCUAG